UGGCUUCCCUCCUCCCCCUUAUCGCCACCACCAUGCUCUCCCUCUCCCACCCCGCCGCGGCCUCCGCCGCGCCGCGCCACCACCGCGCGCCACGCCGCGCAGCCGCGUCGUUCCGCCGCCGCGCCAGCCACAUCGCCGCGAGCGCCAUCCUGCUCCCCGGCGGCGGCGGCAGCACCGGCGGCCGCGGCGGCGACCGGAAGCUCCCCUUCACCCCGCCCCCGAUGGCGCCGCCGGGCCAGCUCUACCGGCCCUACCACCCGCCGCCGUCCCCGCUGCCGGCCAACUACCGCACCCUCGACCUCACCCAGCGCCUCGAGGUCCUCCGCGACCGCAUGGGCCAGUGGCACGAGUACGCGCCCCUCAUCUCCGCGCUCUCCCGGGACGGCUUCACCCCGUCCUCCAUCGAGGAGGCCACCGGCAUCUCCGGCGUCGAGCAGAACUGCCUCGUCGUCGCGUCGCAGGUCCGCGACUCGCUCAUCAGCGAGACCGCCGCCUUCCCGCCGGACCUGCUCGCCUACUUCGACUCCUACAGCGGGCCCGAGCUGCUGUACGAGCUCCGAUUCCUCAACGCGCGCCAGCGCGCCGACGCCGCAAAGCACGCCAUCGACUACCGCCUCGAGCCCAAGGGCGUGCGGGAGCUCGCGCGCUCCAUGAAGGACUUCCCGCGACGCCGCGGGGUCGACGACGGAUGGGGGGAAUUCGACGGGGCCUCACCCGGCGACUGCCUCGCCUUCGCGCGCUUCCGGCAGUCGCGGGAGGCCAUCAACGUCGAGGACCGCAUCGCAGAGCUCGAACGCGCGCUGCAGGUGGUGGCCACCGACCCGGCCAGGGCGCGCGUCGAGCUCGAGAUGGAGCGCGCAAGGAAGAAGGCCGCCGGCGAGGAGGUGGAGGAGGACGACGACGACGCCGUCGCGCGCCCAGCCGUCAACGUGGUGCGCCUCCAGUACGGCGAGGUCGCCGAGGCCACCACCGUGCUGCUGCUGCCGGUAGUGCGGGAGACGGACGGCGUCGCCGCCAUGGAGUCCGCGCCCAGGCGGACCAAGACGGACGUGGACCUCGGCAUCGUCGAGGUGGACAAGGCGUGGGCGCGGUGGGCCGUCGUUCCCGGAUGGGGCCCCGUCGCCGCGGCCGCGGAGGAGGCGGUCGUGGUCGAGCUGGCUGACGGGCGCAGGCUGCCGUGGCGGACGGCGGAGGAGGAGCCGGUGCUGGUCAUUGCCAACCGGGGCCAGAAGGAGGUGGCGGAGCAGGGGCUUUACGUCCUCGAGAAGGAAGGCCGGCUCGUGGUGGAGAGAGGGAAAAAGCUGGCUGAGCAGGGCAUCACCACUGCCGCCGCCGAGGUGUUGAUCGUCGUCCGGCCGCCCAGGGACGAGGACGACAUGAUCAGCGAUGAGGAGUGGGACUGAUCUGGAGGGGUUUAGGAAGGGUUUCGGAGAUGUUAAUCAAUUUCUUCAUUGGGUGAAUUUUUUCCCUCUUCACAGUUGAUGAAUAAGAGGAACGAAUUGCCUCCUUGCUUUGGUACAUGUCAUAUAGUACUUUCCAAAACCUUAGCCCAAUAGCCAAAUGAAACUACGUACUGGUACAAGGAAUAGUCAUCUAAAUUUCCAGUCAGGACUCAGGACAUUGCCAGGGUUGCGCUCUUGAUCCUAACUUUGGGUGAGAGAAAGCAGCCAUCUUCAAAGGCCGUCAGGGGCAGCCAAAGGGAUGGAGUUCUUCAUGCACAGGAAGACAACAAGUGCAUGGUAAGCGCCCAAUUCUACAUUCAGAAUCUAUUACGAAUCAGUACAAUUUGGGCUGGCCUGCCCUCAAGUGUGACUCUUAGAUUCCGUGCAAACUUAAAAAAGAGGAGAAAAUGAAGAGCUGUGAAACCUGAUGAAGAGCUGUGAGAAUACAUCUCUCAGUGUCAGUUGAUGAAGUGGUAGAUAAUACAUUCAAUAGAUGUGAGGUUAAACAACUGCAAGGAGAAAAUGAGUUUGUCAGGGAAAAAAUCAUGAUAUGUAUCACAAUGGUGAAGAUUAAUAAUGUAAGUUAUACAAAUCAUACAAGAGAAGGCCGAUGGAGGAUGUAACUACAGUUAAAGUAAUGUCAAUGAGUCUAAGCCAUACUAAGGCAAUGCUUUCACAGCAGUCUCCACUCUCCAGUGUUCAUUACUAAACCACAGGAUACUCCAAGGAUCACAAGGGAUCUCAUUUUAUCAUUUGAGUCAUUUCAAGUAUUGGUAGAUUCUGCAGAAGGCACAUUAUUAUUCUACCUUACAAAGGCACGGCACUCAGAGCACAAAUGAGCAAUGAAAGGAGAAGAGAUAUCACACAAUUAUAGAGAUUCAAUGUGCCUGUAUAAGCUCAACUUUUCCGUAUGAUUACAUGCAUAAGUUUUCUUACUGAUUCAGGAGACACAUAAUAUUGGGGAAAUAUAAAAUAUACUGAAAAUAAAAAUAAAAUGUUAUGGUAAAUUGGUAAGUCAAGUAUGUACCAAGAUAUAAGAAUGUGUUAUAUCAGAUGAACCUAGCAUACUAACAAGUAACAACCAUUGACCAGUUGUUAGUGACCCAUGAUUACAGAGACAGAUGAAAUCUUCCAAGAUGACUACAGAGAUAAAACUGCAGUUCAAGACCUGCAAUGAGAAGAAAUAAAUAUGAGAUUGAUCGUAUCUCCAUCUCAUGGUGGAUGUAUUACUCAUUGAAAAAUUGCAAUUCAAGCAUAUACAUUUCACAUCAACUUCAUCCAUGGGUCAGCAUCAUCAACAAGCCUCUGUGAGUGUAGACACUGUAUCAGCUUUGUCACAUUUUGAAGACUGGCAGAUGUGGAUAGAGAAGCCAUGAGUUCAUUCAUUAUGUUCUGAAAAUUAGAGCUGCAGUUGCUCCUAA